CUUUCCCCAUUCAAAACAGUCCCUUUUCAGAGAAUGUCAGCAUCUCGAGUGAAUUGUCUGCUAGUGCUUAGCUCUUCGAGUGAAGGUGUCUCCUCAGAAUCAUUUAGACAGGCUUAUAACUUGGCCAGCUCCAACUUCAAUAUCCAGGUAGCAUCACCUAAUGGGAAGAAUAUAGAGUUCAUUCAGCAAGAUGACAACAAUAGAAGAUGGUUCAAUGAAUUUAGAAGUAAAUCGGUCUCCACACCAAUAGGAUUAGAGACUAUUGACCCUAACAGAUAUUCAGCUUUACUGAUACCUGCUGCUCCUGGUGCUUUACAUGAUUUAACAAAUAAUGAAGACCUAGCUGUUAUUAUCAGACAUUUUGUCAAAGAAAAAAAAUCAAUAUGUGCAAUAGGAUUAGGAGUAGCUGCUUUGUUUUGUUCAAAAGAAGAAAACAAACAAUGGUCCUUUGAAGAUUAUAGUUUAACAGGGCCAUCAGUAUAUGAACUAGCAAAAAGUCCAGACUUUUCUUCAUUACCACUUAUAACAGAAGAUACAAUAAAAGACCUUGGUGGAAAAUAUAACUGUAGUGACUGUGAUGCAGUACAUGUGAUUAUAGACCGACAUCUUAUUACAGGACAAAACGAUCUCUCUACACUUACAGCAGUACAAAACUUAACAUUAAUGUGUGCUCAGAAGCAUGGUAGAACUUACACAGCACGAUGAAGAUUGGUGUUUGAUGUAGUCACAAUUAACAUUAUCAUUUCUAUAACUUUGUUGUGGCAUUCUGCAGAUGAAUAUUGAAUUUUUACUUUUUUGUCCUAAAUAUUGAAUUUAAAAAAAAAACCAUCAUAUUGCAAUUUUGCUAGCUUUUUUUUUAAUGAUUUGAAAGUCGCAAUUUUUAUCAGCGUUUUUUUAAGGUUAUUAGAAGGAAAAAUAUAAUGUUUACCAUAAAUUUAACAUUAUUUUUAAAAAUGUAUUUACUUUGAUGGAAGGAGAUGUUUCUAUUUUGAAUUGAGUAAUCUUUGUUAUUGCAAAUUGGGAAUAUUCCUUUGAUCUUUUUUUGUGAUAAUUUUUUUAUAUCAUGCUACUCACUUGAGAUUUAAAAUUAUCGCUAGAAACUAAGGAGGCACGUGGCAUUGUUAAUGAAAUUGACAUGAAAUCGACAGUGUCCCCACAGUUAAAAAGUGAUAAACAGAUUAUCAUUGGUCAUCUCAACUGGAUUGCUUUUCUGGCUUUCGCUGUCCCGUCUCAAGCGAGAAAAUCAAUCUCAUUGAGAUGAUCAACAAUAAUCUAUAAAUAUUUCUCAAAAGUUUAUUAUUUGUCCACCUCAUCUUACAUUUAUAAUUAAAUAUAUAACCUAUUGACUUUAAAAUACAUAUACCUUCAUGAUAUGAAAGACUGAAUGUGAUUUCAGGAAUUACACAAAUAACAAUAAAUUGCAUUAAGUCAG